CGACUCUCUUCCAUUACCUGCAGGCCAGGAAGACCAGUGCAGUUGGGACUGUGCGUCUCAACCGGCGUGGCAUGCCCUCGGACCUGCAGGCGAGUCGGGGACAAAUCGACUUCCGGUCCAGCAAGACCGGAAUGAUCUGCCUUCAGUGGGUGGACAAGCGUCCUGUUACGAUGCUUUCUACCGCCCACACCAGCAAGGUCGUUACCCUGCCUCCCAACCGCCGAGGGGUGGAGAGGUCGAAGCCUGAAGUUGUCGUUGCCUACAACAACGGCAUGAAGGGCGUCGACCUCUCGGAUCAGCUGGCGCAGUCAUAUCCAACGACGAGGAAGACCGUCAAAUGGUAUAAGAAGAUUUUCUUCUACCUAUUGGAUAUGACUACGACCAACGCGCUGGCUAUCCACCGGGCCCUCGGCGGUAAACUUACUCAGUUUGAGUUCCGAAAGGAACUCGUUCGAGGAUUGCUGCAGCAAGGCGGUCCCCGUGGCUCCUUCCGGCGGAAUCCUCCUCAGGCUCGCCACGAGGAGGAGGUUCUCCAGCAGGCACACUUGCCAGUUGACACACCGCAUCAAGCUCAGACCACUAAUAGCAUCAACACCGUCGGAUAUGAACACAGCAGUCCCAAGGUGCCUUCAAUGUGGAAAAAAUUCCAUGAAAACCACUUUUUACUCACUAAUAGCGCUUCAGUAUGGCGACAGUGUGUACUUGGAAUUGCAUAUUCUAUUAAGUUGGCGUCUAAAAAGGACUGGUGUUUGGGUGAUGCCCAGAGUGGUAUCUCAGAAGCAGAGGUUGCCAGCGUGCUAAUUAACUUCUUAGAAAUACAAUAUAAGCAUCUACUAGUGUUUAUAUUUCCACACUAUGUUGCAUUCUUUGAGUUAUCAAUGGUUGAUUGA